AAGCCUCUCGCGGAAAUGACCGCGACCGGCCUGGGACACCGCGGUGCGCGGCCCCGAGGCGGGGUUUGUCGGCGGCCGGAGCCAGCGCCGAACACUCGGCGCAGCUCCGCCUGCGCUCCCCGUUCCGCGAUGCUGCUGCUGCUGCUGCCGCUGCUCCUGCUCCUGGCGCUGCUCGGGGCCCGGCAGGCGGCCGCCCUCGGAGCCCCGGCCCCGCUGAAGCGCUGCGCCCUGAGCUGCCUCCUGCUCUGCCACGGAGCCUGGAGGCAGCGGGCGGCCGGCGGAGCCCCCGCGGAGCCACGGCGGCCGCGCCCGCUCCGCCCCGACCCGCACGCAAUCGAUUCGGUUUACUUCACCGGCUUUGCAGAGACCAACAAGACCUUUGUGAUUGCUCGUCUUGCAAAACGUCCUGAUGGGGUCUGCGAGAUGUGGCUCUUCCUGAGGGUGGAUGGAAUAGGGGAGUUUGAACACCCACAACAUCCAAACAUGAUGGUGAAUGAUGAAUCUGAAGAGAUCUGGAGUGGAGGAGGGCUCACUAUUGAAUACUUAGAGCCCCAAACGAUCUGGAAAAUAAGCUUUGACGGAUUACUCAGAAAAGGACCCUACAGGCAGCAGUGGAGCGAAGAGGAUGGCGAACUUGUACCAGUUAAAUUCUCUUUCCAUUGGGAGAACUUCACAGAAGUCUUUAACUUCAAUGUCGACAGUCACCCCGGCACAUUUGCACAUGCUUUUGCUCAGGAACCAUGGACCAUAGAGUUCUUCCACAGGGUCAAAAAACAAAGGGAACAACAUUUUCGACACGAGGAGUGGGGUCAGUCUGUUGGAGAAAUUGAAAUAGAAAAUCAUGGGAAAACCAAAGUUCUUCUCAAAGGGGUCCGGAGCCACUCUUAUGGUAUCAGGAACUGGUCUGAGAUUUACCGUUACGUCAUGAUUUUAGCACACUUUGAAGAUGGGACUGCAGCACAUUUAACAGUUAUUAAUCUGCCAGAUACCACAACUAACCUUGCUGUAGGUUAUGUCUUUUUCCCUGAUGGAAAGAAGGCUGGCAUUGAGUGGUCCAAUGCCUCGCUGGCUGAGAUGGCUGAUGAUGGUGUUAUCAAGGAUGAAUAUGGUGUCAGUCUUAUGGCUGGUGGCAAGUACUUUGAUGUUUCUGCAACACUGGACAAGCAGGCUUGCCCCAUGGUGUAUAAUGGCCUGACUGGAAGUGGCGUUUUCCAUGAGUGCAUUGCAGAUUUCCAACUAAAUGGAAUAACACCAGGCUGGGGCUUGGUUGAAUUUUAUUACAGGGAUGAAGCUGCCCAGGCGGUUCCGAAUUUGCAGCUUGGUUCAAAAGCCAAAGGACCUGAUCUUUCCUCCUGAUGCAGUGCAACUGAUGGCUCUCCUCUUUGAGCAUUUGCAAGCUUGUCCCAGUGAUGUUAACAAGCAGCAGCUUUCAAAAAUAACAUUUAUUCACUGCAGAAUGCACAGUUUUGGGUGUGGAACUCGCUGUCACCGGAUGCUGUGGAGGUUGAGGGUAUAAAAAGGUUAGGAGGGAAAUGAGAUGCCUUUUUAGUUGUGCAGCACUUGUAGUGGCUGACUAUGGUGGCCUAGAGGCAAUUUAAAGAGUUCACUGGGAGCGGUCACUCUAUGCUCUGUCUUUUCUGCCAGCUGCUCUGCUCUGUGAAUGAAGACCAGAACAUUGGGCUACAUGGAUCUCAGACCUGAUUUGGCAGUCUCUCUGUUCUUUCAGUCUUGUUUUUGAAAUAAAAUCAGUAUCUUUCUGAA